AUGGAGCAGAUAAGGCGGAUAAUGAGACCUACUGAUGUGCCAGAUCAAGGUCUGAUGUGUGACUUGUGGUCUGAUCCGGACAAAGAAAUUAUGGGAUGGGGUGAAAAAUACACGGGUGUUUCUUUCACUUUCGGAGCUGAAGUGGGGGUAAAGUCCUUACAUAAGCAUGACUUGGAUCUCAUAUGUCGUGCUCAUCAGGUGAUAGAGGAUGGUUAUGAAUUUUUUGCAAAACGACAGUUGAUAUUGAAGCCUGCUGACAAGAAAAAGUUUCCCUAUGGGGGUUUGAACGCAGGUCGACCUUUAACACCUUCAAGGGGUAAUCAGAAAACCAAAGUAUGA